CGGUCGCUCAGUUCCUUGUUUCCGUCUCGUCUCCUGCCUCGCGCUUGACUGUCUGCGACGGCUCUGCUGUAUCGUCUAUUCGCUCUUUUAUCGCACACGCUCGUUCACCACACUCUUUAAUCCACCGACCUACUCGGCAUAGCCGUUGUCUUCGUUCGCCAGGCCGAGACAUUUGUUUUCUUGGGAAAGCCGCGAGACCUCAAACUUUGUAACAGUCUGCAAGCCCUUUUAUAGGAUUUACUUAUGACUACUCGCUCCGGACGCGCUCCUCGGAUCCACCGCCUGCCCCAGCGAUUGGAUUACACGCUGAUCCCAGCGCCGCUAGAUCUAUCACUUCCUGACGCUAGCGAGAAGUCUCCGUUACCUGCUAUUAUUGUCACGCCUUCCUCCCCUUCCUCAUCCCAUGACUUCUCUAUCGCCUUCCUCGCGCCGCCUCGCAGUCCCACUCUCCGCGAACGGAUAUCGUGCUAUCUAUCGGAAUCGAAGAAGCAGCAGCUGCAAUGCAAAGCUCGCUGGACUGUCAUCCUGACCGUGCUGCUCUUCAUCAUGGCCUGCCACGUGCUCGCGCACCGACUAGCCGUCACUCGCCCGCACCUCCAGUUCGAAGCGGCGGUACACGACGGCGUCGAAGGUCUGACUCUGGACGCUAGCGCUGUCUCCAAACCUCAGGCGAUAGCUAGCUGGCUCGACCUCCAGUGGCUGCUAGGAUCGCAGGUGGAAUCCGAUGACAAAAGGGCCUUCGUCGUCAGGGAGUUCACGCAGCGGGAAUAUUGAUUAUGGGGCACCGGGAUGACCUCUCGCUAGGCCAUUGGACAUCGUCGCAACAUAUUUAUUCGCUAUCAUCGUCUUGCGCGAAAGUUUAUCACAGUCUAUAGAGGAAUGUGUCCAACGGAAACCAUGGGUUGCUUUUUGGGUUUGGGUGUACGUUGGAUCAUGGCACGGUUUGCCCACUUAACCAUUCAUAUACCUUCAUCGGUGUCGUAUUGCUCACGGCUCCUGGCAUUGCUUGUCAUUCUGUGUGGAUACCUUGAGUUUGCGAUAAUUAUAUCCUCUCCUUCUUCAUCGCCAAUACUUCUAUCCACCUUUUAUUUUGCCAUAUACGCAUUUUUUCGUCUGUCGCGCAGCCGGUUUGUCGUCUACAUCCCCCGCAGUGUUUUGUCGCUGCUUUAGCUUGAAAAUAAAGACGCCGGCGCCUUCGGGUCACCUUCUCCUUACUCAAAGACAUAAAAAUAUCUCGAAUGAUGGACUGCUCAGGGGCC